AUGGGAGAACCAGUAUCACGCCCUUCCGAGCUGAAAAACAAACACAAGAGAGAAAACCUUUAUCAAAAGCAAAGGCUAGAAAAGCAAAAGGCAAAAUCGAUCAAGAGAAAGCAGCUCGCUAAAGCAGAAGAGAAGAAUCCCGAAUUAAAAAAGAAACGUUUAGAAGAGAAUGUCCCCAACACAUUGGAUAAUACCAGAGAAGCAGAUGAGACCAUGGUAGAUCAGGACGAUGAGGUAGCUCAGGACGAAGCCAUGGAUGAGUUAGCCAGUUAUUUCAGUGGAAAAUCACCCAAGGUGCUCAUUACAUCCAGCAAAAACCCCUCGCCCAAUUGUUACGAUUUCUGUGCAGAGUUGGUGUCUAUGUUCCCCGAAGCACAGUUCGCUAAGCGUGGCGCCAAGCAUGAAUUGAGACAAGUGAUAAAGAUUGCCAAUGAGAAGGAAUUUACUGAUCUGAUCAUUGUCAAUGAGGAUCGCAAAGUGCCCAAUGCCAUUACUUUAAUACAUUUACCUGAAGGUCCAUCCGCUUAUUUCAAGCUUACCAGUUUCACACCUGCCAAAGCCAUUUCUGGUCAUGGCCGUGUCACUGCUCACAACCCUGAAUUGAUCUUGAACAACUUCAACACCAGAUUGGGUCAUACAAUUGGCCGUAUGUUCCAAGCUCUCUUGCCUCAGGUACCGGAAUUCCAAGGCAGACAAGUGAUUACCUUCCACAAUCAGCGUGAUUUCAUCUUUGUGCGUCGCCAUCGUUAUGUGUUUAGAGAUACUGAAAAGGUGGGAUUACAGGAAUUAGGCCCAAAAUUCACAUUGAAGCUUCGUUGGCUACAGAAAGGAGUGUACAAGCGUGAUGGCGAGUAUGAAUGGGUGUUUAAGCCUGACAUGGAAACAAGUCGUAAAAGAUUCUUCUUGUAA